UGUGACCAUUCCUGAAGUCGUUCUCUACCUCGAGUACUCGCGCGAAUAGCCGUAGCACCUUUUCUCCCUCUUUUAUGCGCUUUCCGGCCGCCUCUGCUGCUGAAAGAAUGGAUUUUUACAAGAAUAAGCUCGUCCUCGCUCCGAUGGUCCGAGUGGGAACGCUACCAUUUAGGUUAUUGGCUGCUGAAUAUGGUGCAGAUAUUACCUAUGGGGAGGAGAUUAUAGAUCAUAAAAUGGUGAAAUGUGAACGGCGGAUAAAUGAGUAUCUUGGGACUACUGAUUUCGUGGAGAAAGGAACGGAAACUGUUGUUUUCAGAACUUGUGAUGAGGAAAAAGAACGGGUAGUGUUUCAAAUGGGUACCUCAAAUGCUGUGAGAGCUCUUACAGCUGCUCAGAUAGUGUGUAAAGACGUUGCAGCCGUUGAUAUCAACAUGGGUUGCCCGAAGUCGUUCUCUAUUAGUGGAGGCAUGGGUGCAGCAUUACUAGCUAAUCCGGAACUUAUUCAUGAUAUUUUAACUACGUUAAAGAGGAAUUUGGACACACCAGUAACGUGCAAGAUUCGCCUCCUGAAAUCAUCUCAGGAUACAGUGGAACUAGCACGGCGAAUUGAAAAAACAGGCGUUUCGGCCCUGGCUGUUCAUGGAAGGAGAGUUGCAGAUAGGCCAAGGGAUCCUGCCAAGUGGAGUGAGAUAGCCGAUAUUGUAGCGGCAUUAUCCAUCCCAGUUAUAGCAAAUGGUGAUGUCUUUGAGUACGAAGAUUUUCAACGUAUAAAAAAUGCAACAGGUGCCUCAUCGGUCAUGGUGGCUAGAGGUGCUCUAUGGAAUGCUUCAAUAUUCAGCCCCAAAGGCAAAUUGGCCUGGGAAGAUGUUAAAAGAGAAUACGUACGAAAGAGCAUCUUAUGGGACAAUGAUGUUAAAAGCACCAAGCAAACAUUGAAGGAAAUGAUAAUGCACUAUUCCUGCCUUGAGCUUCCGGAGGGAAAAGCUGUGAUUAAAUCGGAGAACUCGGCAGAUUUGGCUGUGUUUCUUUCAAAGCUGCCUGUGAAGAUUGGUCAGGCCAAAUGGAAGGUCCAGAUGAUGAUACAGGAAACUUUAUGAGGAACAGAGUUACUACCAAUUUGUAACUGAAAAUCGACAACGGAAUGGAUGUCGAUGAACCUUCCUUGCAUUAACUGAAAACCGUUGGCCUACUUCUACUAAAGAAAGUUCCAGUGUCUUUAUCUUCUUCUCAGGUCCCAUGAAAAAGGUUACAAUUCAAAGCAUACGGCGAUUGUUGAGUACAAAAAGCGAGGUUCGAACUGAUUAGUAGUGCACAAAGAUAUAUACGCCCCCAUUCUUUUAUAUACUGAUUUCUGUUGCAAUCGUGAGUUCCUGCAUGUGUUGUCUCCCUAUUUAAUUUUAUUAUUAUUUUUUUUUUUGAAGAGAGACACUUUUAUACUCUGUUGGAGUGUGAUGGAUGAUACGCAGGCACCUAGAAAUUGCAUUCGCGGUCAAAUUGAACUAUCUAAAAUAUGGUUCCUAGUUUAGAUGUAUCAAGAGCAAAAAAUUAACUUAUUUGAUUAUGGGAUUGCUUGACAUUUAGUGGACCAUUAAAAAUAAAAAAUGUCGAAUGGUCCUAUUUCCAUAAAUGUCUCCGAAUCAGAGGAUAGGAUUGUUCAA